AUGUUUUGUGCUUUUAUGACAAUGUUCGGAACCGAGUCCACGGGCAUUCUAGUCAUUUACAUCAUCGGUAUGACCGGCUGUCUGGUUAGCACCAUCUGCUUGGCAGCUAUGACAGCUCAGUACACUGGCACAUCUAAUGCUGCGGGCCUACGUGCUGGAGUGUUUUUCAUGUUUCUGUUUGUCGGCUUUUAUGGCGGUUGCCUGGAUGCAACCAGUUACGUCUUCUGUGCUGAAAUUUUCCCAACUCACAUUCGUGCAAAAGGUCUGGGGUUCGGCAUUUCAAUUCUGUUUCUCACUGUCAUCGCAUACCUGGAGGCAGCGCCGACCGCCUUCGCACAAGUUGGUUGGAAGUACUACCUCCUCUUCAUCAUCCUUACGGCUAUCAACAUCCCAAUCAUCUACAGUCUCUUCCCGGAAACGAAGGGUUUAUCAUUGGAGGAGAUUGGUGAGAAGUUCGGUGACGAGGUUGCCGUCUACAUCACUGGACUUACAGAUGAGCAAAGGGCAGAGUUGGAUGAGCGGAUUGUUCUUGAGAAAGCAUCAGCCACUCAUGUGGAGAGCAAAGCACCAAACGGUGCGUCAGGCUCCAGUGGCAAGGUUGACACUGGCUCUGAUUUUGCAGUAUGA